ACAAUACCAGAAGAACCCCCAAAGCAGCGUUUCAACCUUCCUCAGAUAAAAAUACCUAUCAUUACAGACCUUACCCUUAUUGUUCCCAGCCCACGCUAGCAGCCAACGGCCGCUGCACUGGCAACCCUGCCCUGUUCACUACCCCCCUAAUAAUACCGUACCGGUACCGUGGACUUUUCGGAUGUGAAUGCAGGCCUGCUCGCCCGCUCGCCUGCUCGGUUCACCGAAUAUUUAGCGACUCCCAGUUGAGUGGUGCCUCACUGCCUUUGGCAGGAACUUGGCCGAUCUCCCCAACUUCCUGCGACAAGCAGCAUACGGAAACAUUUCAAGCAUUGAACCAUCGCCGACGGGGUGACCUCAAUGUGUUUUCUCCCACGACGCAGCAUCUCCUCUCGCGACUAGCAUCACGAGGUGUCGGCUGCGGAAAUCCCUCGCAAACCUCACCGGACGGCAAGAGACGACACCGAUCCAGAAAACGGGGCCACACUGAGACUCGUCCUCCGCCAGCUAGCCAAACCGUGUGCGAUUCGGACCACGACGACAGUGGCAGGCGCAACGAGGAGAAACGAGGAAGCAAGAUCCAGGCCUGCUUGGACUGGAAAGCAAAAGAGAACGAGGGGGUUUGCCCCGCGGAUUCGUGGAGUCGGUAACAUCGAAUACCCACAGUAUUGCACACUGGUCCAACACUGCCUGCCCUUUACACCAUCGUUGAUCUUUGUCACAUCGUCAAAGCAUCAUGGCAGACUACCAGCAGGGUCGUUCCAACGGCGCUCGUCCGAACGAGUACCCUUCCGGCAGCAACUCUCGAGAUGCCGCCUUCUCAAAUAUAUUCGGCUCUGCGCCGUCUGGCCGGUCUCAAACGAUGAACUCAUCCGUCGUUCCGCCAAUGAUGAAUGGACGUACACAGACGAUGGGCUCACAAGAAUAUGGCGGCAUGCCACGGCAGCCUCCUCUACGGCCCCAUCCACAGGGCGGUUAUCAAACAGCUCCUCCAGGUGGGAUGCAACAUAAUGGAGGAAGUAUGUCUAUGUCAAAUGGCUAUCCACCAAGACCACAACAGCCUGGCCAGGUUCCAUCCCAACCUCAACCCCAGUAUUUACCACAGCAGAUUCGCCCGGAUCGUAGACCUUACCCUUCUCCGCAACGACUUGAUCCCCGUGGGCCCCCUCCUCUACAACAACCGUAUCCCCCACGAGCCCCUCUACAGCAGCACCGAUAUCAGGCUGGGCCAGCCCUGAACUCUGACCCCUAUCGGUCUCAAUCUUUGGCUAGUAUGAACCGACCACAGAUGUACCAACCGCCACCUCCAAAUACUUUUCAUCAGGCUCCCGCAAAUGCUUUCAGACAAGCACCAUAUCAUGGGCAGGCUUCGAGGACCACGGCACAAGGGCGAGUAGUACCAGAGAGACAGGAUGAGCGGGCAAUGUCUUUGACAAGCUACUCACAGGAUCGUGAUCAGCAUCAGACCAUGAGUGGCCGGGUUAUACCUAAUAGGAGAUCCGGUGGACAACAAGAGGCUCAAGGAUAUCCAAUUCCAGGACCAAGGAGUCCUGCUACGCAAACACGUACAGCCAGUGUGACGUCUUCGACCACAGUAGGAGAUAUGAGCCGCUCGAUGUCUAUGGCUUCAACAAUUACACCCUCGGAACGAACUGAGUCGCUUGCGCAUCGCACUUCUAUAGCCAAGUCUGUUAGUAGUGGUACGGGUGCCAGGCAGAAAUCCCCCUUGGUUUAUCCUGCACUCUUGUCGAGGGUGGCAGAAUGUUUUAGGGAAAAGGUCACUGUAGGAGAUCGAACCAAGAACGAUCUUACAUACAAAAACGCAUUUAGUGGUGCCGAUGCUGUUGAUGUUAUUUCUUACAUUAUCAAGACUACCGACCGAAACCUUGCGCUUUUGUUGGGGAGAGCAUUGGAUGCCCAAAAGUUCUUCCAUGACGUUACAUACGAUCACCGCCUGCGUGAUUCGGCCGCCGAGAUGUACCAAUUCCGAGAGACGAUGAUGGACGAACCGCAUGAGGCCCCGGAAGUGAACGGAGUUUUUGUGCUUCUAACAGAAUGUUAUUCGCCCACGUGUACAAGAGACCAACUUUGCUACUCUAUUGCAUGCCCACGAAGACUUGAGCAACAGUCAAGGCUGAACUUGAAGCCACAACCUGGUCUUAGACGUGAGAAGUCGGAAGCAAGUUUACAUGAUGUGGACGAGCCUGACGAGCAGAAACUCUGGAUCAAUACGGUCUCACAAGAAAUUGCUGAUAGUAUUGAUGAGCGGGAAAAGAAGCGCCAGGAAGUCAUUUCCGAAAUAAUGUACACGGAGAGAGAUUUCGUGAAGGAUCUGGAAUACCUACGGGACUUCUGGAUCCUUCCAUUGAGGUCGACAAAUGCUGCUGCCCCGUCCCCUAUCCCAGAAUCACGGAAGAAGAAGACAGUCGAAACGAUAUUCUCCAAUAUUAUAGAUCAGCCAAGCAUUCACGGGGUGAGCUCAAAGUUUGCUGAAGCCCUCACGGAGCGACAGAAGAAGCACCCAGUUGUCAAAUCUGUUGGUGAUAUCUUCCUGGAAUACGUACCACAAUUUGAACCCUUCAUUGUUUACGGAUCAAAACAGUUGGCAGGGAAAUUUGAGUUCGAGAACGAGCGGUCACUCAAUCCGUUUUUUGCGAAAUUUGUUGACGAGACCGAACGAAGAAAGGAAUCGCGAAAACUGGAGCUUAAUGGUUAUCUCACAAAACCUACCACCCGUCUUGCUCGAUAUCCACUUUUGCUUGAGAACGUCCUCAAGUACACGGAACCCGGGAAUCCAGAUAAAGAUGACAUUCCUGUUGCGAUGAAAAUGAUCAAAGACCUUCUAUCGCGAGUAAAUGCGGAGUCCGGUAAAGCAGAGAAUCGCUUCAAUCUUAAACGACUACAUGAACAACUCCGAUUCAGACCUAAUGAACGUGUUGACCUAAAACUUACAGACGAAAAACGCGAAUUAAUUUACAAAGGCACACUCAAGAAGUCGCCAACAGACCCUUCAGACAUACAAGCAUAUCUUUUUGAUCAUGCGAUGCUUCUAGUCAGAGUAAAAACAGUUGGAAAGAAAGAAGAGGUUAAGGUAUAUCGUCGACCAAUCCCAUUGGAGUUACUCUCAAUCAAAGAGAUGGACGAAAUGAUGCCAAAGGGUGGAGUCGUUAAGCGGCCUUCAUCUAGCUUGAUCCCUGGUGCAAAGAUCACCACAAGUGACAGUGCCAAAAAGGAAGGGUUCCCAAUAACGUUUCGUCAUAUUGGUAAAGGUGGUUACGAAAUAACCCUUUAUGCAGGCACGGCUGGAUCUCGCAAUAAGUGGAUGGAAUUCAUUGGUGAUCAACAGACCAUACUGCGAAAACGUGGCGACUUCUAUAACCGAUCGAUCCUGUCAAGUUCUUUCUUCUCCGCUAACAACAGAGUCAAUUGCGUCGCUCCAUUUGGUACGUUAUACUCACUCCAACUACAAAUAGCAUGCUAAUUAUUUGCAGAUGGUGGCCGUAAAUUGAUAUAUGGAACUGACUCUGGAAUCUUUGUGUCUGAUCGUAGAGCAAAAGACCAAGCCGCCAAACCUAUACGAGUCCUCGAAGCUACUUCAGUAACCCAAAUUGACGUUCUGGAAGAAUAUCAAUUGCUUUUGGUCUUGUCACAGAAAUCGUUGUUGUCAUACCCGUUGUCUGCCCUCAAUCCUAGCGAACCGGCGCUCACAAAGAGACCAAAGAAAAUUCAAAGCCAUUGCAAUUUCUUCAGAACUGGAAUCUGCCUCGGUCGCCACCUGGUAUGCUGUGUCAAGUCCUCGGCUCUUUCAACAACGAUCAAAGUAUUCGAACCCAACGAUGCGAUGUCCAAAGGAAAGAAGCAAAAGGGAUUCAAGAUGUUCAACAGUGGCCAGGAUGAGCUAAAGGCUUUCAAAGAAUUUUACAUUCCAACAGAGUCCUCGUCAAUUCACUUCCUCAAAUCGAAACUUUGUGUUGCUUGCGCCAGAGGAUUUGAAGUCGUGUCUUUGGAGACUUUGGAAACACAGUCCCUGCUCGACCAAGCCGAUACUUCGCUCGACUUUGUUGCCCGGAAAGAAAAUGUCAGACCGAUUCAUAUUGAGCGACUUAAUGGGGAAUUCCUUCUCAAUUACUCGGAAUUUUCCUUCUUUGUCAAUCGAAAUGGUUGGCGUGCGAGACCGGAUUGGAGGAUUGAUUGGGAGGGGCAACCCCAGAGUUUUGCCUUGUCGUAUCCAUACAUAUUGGCAUUUGAAGCGAAUUUCAUUGAAAUCCGGAACAUUGACACAAAUGCCGUUCACAUUGUGCCACACAAGAAUAUCCGUAUGCUCCAUACCAGCACUCGAGAGGUAAGUACUACGUGACACGAUUGCUGCAAUACACUAACAUUGUUCAGAUCAUAUAUGCGUAUGAAGAUGAACGUGGUGAAGAUGUCGUGGCUGCAAUUGAUUUCUGGCUACAAGAACGGCGGCCAGAAUCUCAGCAAGUUCAAGCAGUUCCACAACUGGAGAAUCAUCCACACAACCAUCAGCAGCACCCACAAACAUCGUCGCGGCACUAGCGAUAACUGUACACAAUCAGCUGUGGUGUUGCUUUUAUAUCACUACAGGAUCGGGCAUGGCACAUAUUCCAGGAUGGUUUCCUUCUUCGCUUUCUGGUGUUUCUCUUCUUCGGGCGCUGUGUGCUGGACACGCGCUCUAUUUGUGCAUGAUGCAAACAUGCCUACGAAUCGUGCGACAAACUAAUAAUGGAAUGGACCUCGUUUCUCUCAUGAGAAUGAUUGGAGUGAAAUGACACCACCACCUUGACCCUUUGAUGGAUCUGUUUGAAUUGAUAAUUGGGAUUGUGAUUGCCAGCGGCGGGGUAAUGCCCCUUUUGGAGCUUUUUAGUGGCACUCUCAGCGACC